GAGGAACGGCAUGCAUCACAUCAGCCAAUCCCAUUGCUUGGUGUAUGUGUGCGCUGGCAUGCACACUAUAUAUACCAGCCAAUGACAGCAAGUUUGUUUGAAAACCCUCACUCCAAAAGCUUAUAACAGCAGUAGUGAAAGCAGACUGCUUCCCUGAAAGGUUCAACAAUGGCUGAUGAUGAUGAUGCUCCCAGGCCCAUGGCUCCGAAGGGGGAUCACAGCAAGCCCAAGCCCAAGAUCCCGGCCUCUCGCAAGCUGUCACUAAAGAUCCUGAUGCUGAUGCGUGCAGUGGAAGAGCUGGAGGCUGAGAAGCAAGCAAGAGAAGAGGAGAAGGUUCGUUACCUGAGGGAGCAGCUCCCACCCCUGCAGUUGUCUGGUCUAUCCUCAGAGAAGCUGCAGAAACUGUGUGAGCAGCUUCAUGCCAGGGUUGAGCAAGUGGAUGAGGAGCGCUAUGACUGUGAAGCCAAAGUCUACAAGAACAGCAAAGAGAUCCAUGAGUUGAAUUUGAAGGUAAUGGACAUGGGGGGUAAGUUUAAGAAGCCAGCUCUGAGGAAGGUCAGAGUAUCUGCAGAAGAGAUGAUGAGAGCUCUGUUGGGCACCAAACAAAAAGAACACUUGGACCUCCGAUCCAACCUCAAGUCUGUAAAGAAAGAGGACAUCAAACAGGAGAAGGAGAGCAACCUGGAGGUGGGAGACUGGAGGAAGAAUGUAGAGGCCAUGUCUGGCAUGGAGGGAAGGAAGAAGAUGUUUGACGCUGGUACUGGCCAAUAAGAAGCUUCCUCACCAAAAGGGGGGAGAAAACUAUAGAGGGAAGAAAAAGAGACUAGGGAGAAAGAGUGAAGAAAGUGAUAGGGACCAGGAGGAAAUCUUCUGUGUCUGACUGAAAUCAACAGGGUGGUAUUUAUUCCACAAAGGCUCUAGCAGAACAUUUUGUAUACAGACGCAAACAGGAUGUAACAGAAAUUAAGUGUAAGCAAUGUGAAUAUAGUAAAUGGCAGUGUGCUGUUGGUGUGAAACGUAAUGUAGUUAUAAGUUGCAAUUGUAUUUUAAUGUGUAUGUAGUAUACACAUGUUGAUAAAUGUUUAUAGUAUCAUAGGCACUGUCAUUGAAACAAAUCUGAUAUUUUGGUCCAAAAUAAGUUAUUCACAUAAAGUUACCUUUUUGCUUGUCCUUUACAUGUGAGCUGUAUCAUAUUUCUGAAAAGGUCAGUUAUGAUGAAAAAAAUAAUAAUGUGAAGCCCAUAUUAUGCAAACACAUUUUAAUCAAU